CUCUGGCAUGUGUCGAGUAUUUGUCGUCGCUAUACCCGUGUGGGAUUCGGACAGCGAGUGAGUCAAGCCGACCGAGGAUAUUUUGACUCCCACGGCCGUUACAAAAAGAAACGACUGGACAGUCAGAAAUGGCCCGGCCAAAUACGGCGGUGUUUCUGGGCGUUUUUCUUGCCUGUGUCGUCGCUCUCAUUGGCCGGGCAGAGGCUGAUGGACCUUGUGAAAUAAGCGGUGGAUAUGACUACAAGAGGCUGUUUACGACAUCGUGGCAUGUGGACGUCCGUGGCAGUAGUCCCUGCGUGUCAUCGGGAGUCGAGAAGUGUUCUUGGACGCUAAAAUUCUGCGGCGAAGGGCAGGAGGCACCGUGCGGCAAAGACAAAGCGUGCGAAAUCAUCAAUACCACACUCCUGAGGCCCAUGGGCACGUUCACGACCCUGAAGGCUAACGGUCAAAACAGCUUCGUGGUAGAAUUUCAACAGCCCGGGAACAACCUGCUUAAAUGUAGCGAGCCAUCCAGGACACUGAGGACGAACGUGAUAUUCAUCUGUGACCGGGACAAGCACAUUCCCAUUGGACCUGGGUCCCUGGUCACCAAGCUUCCGUACGACAGCAUUGACGAGCGAGAUGCGUGUGAGCGUAAUGUGACUGUGAAGUACGACGGGGCAUGUGGCUCCAGUUCACCGGUAACUUCAUCAGGAGGACUCAGUACUGGAUCCGUGCUCCUCAUACUGUUCUUCGUGGCGCUGCUGAUAUACUUCGUGGGAGGCGUCCUAGUCAACCGCAACAACGGCGCUCAAGGUGUGGAGAUGAUACCUCACCUACAGUUCUGGAAGGAGCUGCCUUCGCUCAUAGUGGAGGGGUGCGUUUUCUUCGUCCAACUGGUCACCUGUCAAACUGGACGCACGGCGAGUUCCUACGACAACAUAUGAAAACGUGAUCUCUACCACUUCUUCCUGCCACAUAAUCAUCCACGAAAGCGUCUGCUGAUGUACUCCGUAUGAUAUUCACUCUGAGUGUACUGAUACUUCGUGAAAAUUAUGGGUUGUUGCUUUGGCAAAACGUUUUGUUUUGCAAGAAGAAAAAAAUCGUGAAGACAUUCUGUUGGGCGAGUUCGUUAAUGAAUGCAAAAAUGGAAAAAAAUCGUUACGCUAAAGGAACAAAAACAGCAAAA